CGUCGUAGGCAGCCGGCGCUCGUAAUGCCCCACCGCAGGGCCAGCCGCAAUGCCUACUACUUCUUCGUGCAGGAGAGGAUACCAGAACUCCGUCAGCGAGGCCUGCCCGUGACUCGCGUGGCUGAUGCCAUCCCCCACUGCUCUGCAGAGUGGGCGCUCCUGAGGGAGGAAGAAAAGGAGAAAUAUUCAGAAAUGGCCCGAGAAUGGAGAGCCGCCCAGGGAAAGGAGCCUGGGUCUUCAGAGAUGCAGAAACUCCCUUCUACACCUCUAAGGAAGCCAGGCAUGUUUAUACCAAAGCCAUGUGUUACACUCCCAGAUAUGUCAAGUUUGUCUCUAAAAAGUGAUCAAGCUUUCCUUGGAGGUGUUUUUUAUUUUUUGAAUAUUUAUAGCCAUGGCGAGCUACCUCCUCAUUGUGAACAGCGCUUCCUCCCUUGUGAAAUUGGCUGUGUUAGAUAUUCUCUCCAAGAAGGUAUUAUGGCAGUUUUCCACAGUUUUAUAAAUCCUGGUGAAAUUCCACGAGGAUUUCGAUUUCAUUGUCAGGCUGCAAGUGAUUCUAGUCACAAGAUCCCUAUUUCAAACUUUGAAUUUGGACAUGACCAAGUGACCGUGUUACAAAAUUUUUAUAGAUUUAUUCAUCCAAACCCUGGGAACUGGCCACCUAUCUAUUGCAAGACUGAUGAUAGAGCCAGAGUCAACUGGUGUUUGAAGCAUAUGGCAAGGGUAUCAGAAAUCAGGCAAGAUAUAGAACUUCUCACUGUAGAGGACCUCGUAGUAGGGAUUUACCAGGAAAAAUUUCUGAAGGAGCCCUCUAAGACCUGGGUCCGAAGCCUCCUAGAUGUGGCCAUGUGGGAUUAUUCUAGCAACACAAGGUGCAAGUGGCAUGAAGAAAAUGAUAUUCUCUUCUGUGCUUUAGCUGUUUGCAAGAAGAUUGCGUACUGCAUCAGCAAUUCUCUGGCUACUCUCUUUGGAAUCCAGCUUACGGGAGCUCACAUACCACUUCAGGAUUAUGAGCCCAGCAAUCGUGUGACACCCAAAAUGGUUGUAUUGGAUGCAGGGCGUUACCAGAAUCAAAGAGUUGAGAGUCUAGGAUUCCCUCAUUUCAGCUAUUCUAAUCAGGAACAAAGAUCAAACACAUCCUCUGGUGAUUACCCAUCUGGGGUGAAAAUUCCAGGCCAAAACAGCCGUGUUCGAGGAAGAGGAAUAACACGUUUACUAGAGAGUAUCUCCAGUUCCUCCAGCAGUGUCCACAAAUUCUCCAAUAACUGAUAAUUCCUUACCCUACA